UAGUCCCACAAGGUGCAGGAACAAAACAAGAUUCGUGACUCGCCUAAACCACCAAAGUCAACACUGUUGAGGACGAAACUUCCGACCAAUUGCCAUCUCUUGUUUUCUCAGCACCACUAUCAACGCUUAACCUCUACACACUGUUCACCUAGAAUUGCGUAGUACGUAGCAAUGGCCGCCACUGCUCUGUGUCCUGUUUUUGACAUAUACUAUACAAAGCAGUUCUUGAUGUUGGUAUAAACAUCCCCACUUUCCGUUCCAAAUUCCUCAGCUUGAAGCAGACAUUAAUAGAUAUCGAAAUAGUUUUCGCUGAUAUUGAGAGGCUAAGCAAAGCUCUAGAUGGCCGAGACGAAGAAGUAGAGAUGUUUAAGAAGCGCCUGAUGAAAGGUGAAGAACUAGUUCGCAAGUGGUCCAAGACUAAAUGCUCCGACGCGUUGAAGAAGUGGAAGUACUCCAAGGAUCUGACCAAGUUGGAAAGUUCACUGGUUAAGUUCUGCUAGAUGCACGGGUUAAUUCAGGUGUUUAGAGAUACUAAAAAGAUUCUGGUUGAGUUGAAAAAACAUGGUAAGAAAGUGGACGAGAUUCACUCGAUGAUGAGAAAUAUGUCGUUGAUGGGGUCGGGUAAUAGUAUCAGAUUGACAAAUUCGAAUGGAUCUGAGGUGCCCCAAGUUCCUGAUUCUGUGAUUGGAUUUGAAGUGCCACUUCAAGAAUUUAAAUUGAAGCUGCUUGGUGAGAAAGAUCAAGUUGUGGUUCUUUCUGCUCCUACUGGCUGUGGAAAGACUACUUUGGAACCAAUGGUUUGUCAAGAGGAUGAUAUCAAAGGCCAUUUUGCUGUGUAGUAAUGACCGUAAAUCUCUUGGGAGGAGCUGCUCUGCGUCCUGUUUUUGACAUACUCCUCAAAGCCGUUCUUGAUGUUGUCAUAAACAUCACCAGUUUCCGUUCAAAAUUCCUCAGCUUGAAGCAGACAUUAGUUGAUAGUGAACCAGUAUUCGCUGACAUUGAGAGGCUAAGCAAAGCCCUAAAUGGCCGAGACAAAGAAAUAGAGAUGUUCAAGAAGCAGCUGAUGGAAGGUGAAGAGCUAGUUCUCAAGUGUUCCAAGACUAAAUGCUACGAAGCGAUGAAAAUAUGGAUUUACUCCAGGAAACUGACCAAGUUGGAAAUUUCACUGGUGAAGUUCUGCCAGAUGCAUGGUUUAAUUCAGGUGUGUAGGGAUAGUAAAAAGAUUCUGGUCAAGGUAAAUGAACAUGGUAAGAAAUUGGACGAGAUUCACUCGAUGUUAAGAGAUAUUUUGCUGACAAGAUCGGGGAGUGGUGUUGGACUUGUUUCAGGAGCUCUCAAGUAGGAAGGUGAUGGGGAUUCAUAAGGAGGACCAAUGUCUCUACAUCUUGAAGACUGAGGGAAAUGAAGCCACUAGAAACCAAACAUUCAUCUCAUAACUCAUCAGUGAAUGUUUUUUCUAGUGAUUUUAGUGUGGAUACUAAUUACAGUGUUAAUAAUUCUGAUGUUACUGCUUUAUGGCAUAGAAGACUAGGCAUGCCCCUUUAAAAGUUCUGAGGAGAAUAAAUGUUCUGAAUUUCAUACAGGUGAGAGAUCACGCUUGUACUGUUUGUCCUAUUGCUAUGCAAUCAAUAAUGGCUUUUACUCUUAA